UGCCGUGGAGGAGCGGGCGGGAGAACUGCCAGUCCCAGCAUGCCGCGGACCUGCGGGAGCCAAUGAGAAGCGAAUAUGUUGGGGCUGCGCAUGCGCGCCAUCUCAGGUGGUUGGCGAUUCAUGUGGAGGUCAGAGUCGCGGCUGGAGGUGUGAGUCUUCAGAGACGGGCAUUGGAUUGACAGAUGGCUGCCUCCAAGCUGUUUGAGACCGUGGGGAAAAUUGGCCUGGGGUUGGCCAUUACAGGAGGAAUUCUCAACUCUGCCCUCUAUAACGUUGAUGCGGGCCACAGAGCUGUUAUCUUUGACAGACUCCAAGGCGUUCGAGAUGUGGUAGUAGGGGAAGGCACACACUUUCUCAUUCCCUGGGUACAGAAACCAAUUAUUUUCGACUGUCGUUCUCGCCCGCGUAAUGUUCCUGUCAUCACUGGCAGCAAAGACCUGCAGAACGUGAACAUUACUUUGAGAAUCUUGUUCAGACCAGUUACCAACCAGUUACCUCGGAUUUUCACAAGCAUCGGGGAGGACUAUGAUGAGCGUGUACUGCCCUCCAUCACUACUGAGAUCCUGAAGUCUGUUGUGGCUCGUUUUGAUGCUGGUGAGCUGAUCACACAAAGAGAGCUGGUCUCCAGGCAAGUGAGUGAAGACCUCGUGGAGAGAGCAGCUACUUUUGGCCUCAUCCUUGAUGACGUGUCCUUGACACAUCUGACCUUUGGGAAGGAGUUCACAGAGGCAGUAGAAAUGAAGCAAGUGGCUCAGGCAGAAGCUGAGAGAGCCAGGUUCAUCGUAGAAAAGGCUGAGCAGCAAAAGCAAGCAGCAGUCAUCUCUGCUGAGGGAGACUCAAAAGCAGCCGAGAUGAUUGCCAAUUCACUGGCCACAGCAGGUGACGGCCUGAUUGAACUGCGUAAGCUGGAGGCAGCUGAAGACAUUGCCUACCAACUUGCGCGGUCCCGCAACGUCACAUACCUGCCAGCAGGACAGUCUGUGCUUCUCCAGCUCCCCCAUUGAAUCUAACUCUGCAGCUUCUAUUCACUUCUUAUUGAACAGAUUAGCCCUAGCCAAAAGAAUCAGUGAGGUUUCCUGAUUGGAUAAAGCAAAGGAAAUAAAAUUUAAAUACAUUUGAGUUAAUUAUAAUAAUAAAACCGCUCUCUAGGAACUAACUGAAUUUGUCAGACAGCCUUGUACAAUCCGAGCAGAAGCUGCAAUAGCCAGGUUGGGACAGACUUACCUCUUUUCAGGCAACGUUAGUAUUAGGGGUAAAGUUGGGGGAAGGUGAGAGAGCAGAAGUGUCUUAAUCUGUUUACUUCUUAAAUGAAGUAAUUACGUAGAGCAUUCUCUGGCCAUAAAAAAAUCUGUACCAUUGAGGUUUGCUUCAGUGCCUUUUUGCCAGCCAAGCCAUGGUCAUUACAGGCUUGUGUGCUCUAGACUACUGCUGUUUUGUCCCUGCGGUCUGUUCAAAGGGGUUGGGAUUGUUGAGGCCUUUCUUCAUCAAUCAGUCUGUCCAGUAUUUUUACAGGUGUCAGCUGAAGGUAAGAGGACACUUCUUGUUAGUUUAGCAGUUCUGCUGUGACUUUCUGAACCACGGCGGUGUUAGUAGGAGGUGCCGUUUAUGGAAUGGGGGGGGGGGUCUCACCCUUUGCAUUCCAAAA